AUGAGUUCAGAUUCCAGUGAUACAAUGAUGGAAAAGUUACGAAGGACCAGAUCACGAAGUAUGCAAACGACCUCUCAAUUCGGCGGUCGGCUACCGAAACAGAUACAGAGAGCUUUGCCGAUUUAUGCCAUUCUCGUCUUGUUUAUUCUGAUCAUCUCAAAUGUCGAUACUCUGAAAUCAUCUACAGUUUCACAUGCAAAACGGUCGACGCAAAAAAUCCUGAAAGGUAGCACGGCCGCAGCAUUUCCAAGGAAGAUAUGGCAGACAUGGAAAGUUGAUCCACUGGGCUUCGCAGAGAGAGAUCUUUUGAGUGCCAGGACUUGGACUCAGUUAAAUCCAGGACACCGAUACGAGGUUUUAACAGAUAAUAAUGAUAUGUAUUAUGUCGAAACGCACUUCGGACCAGAUGAGUUGGAUAGGCCAGAUAUUGUCGAGAUGUAUCGAUCACUGAAAGUACAAAUCAUCAAGGCUGAUCUUUUGCGAUAUUUGAUAAUGUACGUUGAAGGUGGAGUCUAUACAGACAUUGAUGUUGAAGCGCUCAAGGCAGUUGAUGCCUGGAUCCCUGAUCGAUAUUCUGUGGGAGAUGUAGAUAUGGUUGUUAGCGUGGAAAUCGACCAACCUGAUUUCAAAGACCACCCAAUUCUUGGUCAAAAGUCACAAUCAUUCUGUCAAUGGACAUUUAUGUGCAAGCCUCGACUUCCAGUCAUGUUGGCACUGGUCGAUAACAUCCUACUGUGGUUGAAUGAUGUUGCUGCAGAACAGAAUGUUCCAAUAUCAGAGAUCAAGCUUGACUUUGAUGAAGUCAUCUCGGGGACGGGGCCUUCGGCAUUUACUGGUGCAAUUUUGAAAGAAAUGACUAUUAAGACUGGGGAUCAGGUUGAUUGGAGUACCUUCCACGCCAUGCGAGAAUCAAAGCUGGUGGGAGGGUUUUUGGUUCUCACUGUCGAAGCGUUUGCUGCCGGACAAGGACAUUCGGAUUCUGGGAAUCAUAAUGCGAGGGGAGCUUUGGUCAAACAUCAUUACCAUGCCUCGGAGUGGCCUCUACUGCAUCCCCGUUUUAGUCAUCCAAUAUAUGGUGAAGUAGAGAAAUGCAAUUGGGAACCUGAGUGUGUUAGGAUAUGGGAUGAAAACAUGGCUGCGUAUGAAAAGCUGUCACCGGAAGAGAAAGACCAGCAAAUCGCAAUAAAAAAGGCCUUGGAUGAACAUGAUGCACUUCAUGCUCAGAUGGGGGCUCAAAAAUUUGAUCCUAACGCAUUGAACUUGCCUCAACAGAACAUGAAUCCAAUACCUCAAGCCGCAAUCCCAAUGCCACAGCCUGGAUUUCAUCCGGAUGGUUCUCCUGUGAGGAACUUGGACGGUUCCAUCAUGAGGAAUUUGGAUGGCUCGCUACCUGUAAAUCCAAAUGCUCCACCUCCGGCCCAGAAACUCGAGAUCAAAGACCUACCCGCUGCUAAGGUUGAUCCGGCUCUUCCAAUCCAACCUCAAAUCCAACCAGCACCCGAAGUCAAGGCGAAAGAUACAAAGACAGAAGGAAAGAAUGCCCCCGCAAACUUACAGGCCAAACCGAAAGGCGAAAUUUUGCUCGGCGCGGUGUGA